CUGUCUGAUUCCUGUCCCAGGACUGUGGUUAUGGGGAUGGGGGAGAGGGCGGCCGCUGUGUGGCGUGUGCAGAGGGGCAGUUCAGUACUGAGACUGGGUUGGCCCCCUGCUGGCAGUGCACUCGUUGUAUUCUGCUAAACCGCCAGGAGAGAGCAGUGUGCUCACCCAUCAACAAUGCCCAGUGUGGCAACUGCCUCCCAGGGUAUUAUAAGCUCAGAAGUAGGAGUGGGGAGGUGGACCUGUCGUGCAUGCCCUGUUACAGCCCAACAGGCAAGAUCCGGAAAGAGUGUUUACCUUUGCAGUGGAAACACACCUCCACAGCAGUGACGCUGAAUACGGUCCAAGUCUCCAUGGCUCUUAUUGGUUCAGUGACUUCCGCCUCAAUCUUCCUACUGCUUCUGUUGCUUUGGGCCUUACUACUGAUCAUUGAGAGAUUCGAACAGGUUCCAAAGUAUUGUCCUGAAGGUCUACAUUUUGAAGUAGGCACAGCCUUCCCACGGAAUACACUCCUCUCUAACACCACAGAGACUGGAGCGAUACCAUCAAUUACCCCACCAGAGAGUCCUGGACCAACCCAGGACGCCCACCACAGAUGCCUAAGCUCACUGAGCCGUGAGGGUGAAGUGCAUCCCACCUCUAUUGUCAUCAAUGUCACCACCAACAUCAAGCCAUCCCUUCAACAUGGAGGUGAAGAUGGCCCCUGGGAGGGUCAGAGAGGACACUGUCACACACCAGAGGAGAUGGAACAAAAACUGUUGGAAAUCUGCACAGUUUCUCAAGGUCAGAGUCUGGAGGAGCUAAACUAUGACACAGUCCAGGACCUGUCUCUGCUGCUGGACUCAGGGGGCUGUGGCCGGGGCAGUGGGGUGAGAAGGCUGGGCUAUUCCCUGGGUGUCACCCCGGAGGUCCUUUCUAACCUCCAUGGCUUCCAGGAUCUCUUCCAGUACCUGCGCACCUCCACCUACAUCCUACUGCCCCAACUGGCCCAGGCCGCCGCCCUCCUGCCCCGCCCUGACGUUGUUGCUAGGAUACACCGUGGUCUGGUGGCCAAUCACACAGAGAUAUCCAGGCCCUAGGGACAUGUUGCCAAUCCCACCUUGUCCUGUGUGACAUACAGUGCAUUCGGAAAGUAUUCAGACCCUUGACUUUUUCCACAUUUUGUUACGUUACAGCCUUAUUCUAUAAUGGACUCAAUUGUUUUUCCCCCCU